AUGUCAACACCGCAGAACGUUUAUGCUCGCUCGCCCAAUCUCUCAAACAGAUCCUACGACUCGUCUUCUGUCUCAUCUGCAACUUCCCCCAAAUCUUUGUCCCAGUUUGCGCCAGGGGCCAUGAGUACCAACCCACGUUUGAAUGUUCCGGCAACGCCCCAACCUAUUGGCAUCCCCCCUUUACCUCCAGUCACUCAGGGCUUUCAACCGUACGGCCCAAUGACCACGUCAUCUUCUCUUGGACACGAUUCACUCGCUUCGAAUGAAUCUGUAGCCAGCACUCCGGGACCAUCAUCCGCCCAUUUAACAGGACCAGGUGGUCAGGGACAGAAGAGAGCAUACCGACAGCGAAGGAAGGACCCCAGUUGUGAUGCUUGUCGAGAAAGAAAGGUGAAAUGUGACGCAACCGAGACGACAAGUUGCUCGGAGUGUUCGAGUCGAAAUGUCAAAUGUCAAUUCACCAAGGAGACGAACCGGCGCAUGUCGUCUAUCAAACAGGUGCAGGACUUGGAGAAGCAAAUGGAACGAGUGAAAAGGGAGAACAGUGGAUUGCGCCGUAUGCUUCAGGAUCGAGAAGGGCCCAUGGACCUCGAUGCUGAAGGAGGUGACGAGAAUAGCUUUAGCUUACCGGCCAUUGGAUCCGAACCGAAGCGACGAAAGAGACCGGCACCAGUUCCAGAGCUAGCGAGAGCGAGGGCCAAUGUACGCGAUUUUUCGAGAGGUAUCUGGAAACUCCCGGCCCAGUAUCGUGAACGAGCCCCUAUAUUCUUCGACCCCCCGAGACCAGAGCUACCUGCUAGGCACGUGGUAGACCAACUGCUGCACGCCUAUUGCAACUCGUCCCACUCCAUGUUUCCGAUCAUACACAUGCCAUCGUUCCGAUCUACUAUCAACGACCUCUACGACAGCAAUGCGUCCAACAGAAUGUCCCCAGCCUGGCUUUCUAUGUUCUUCGCAGUCCUGGCAACUGGCAGUCUCUUUAACACAACAUCAGGCUCCCAGCCAAACUCCUUUUACGAACCUGCCGAAUUUCUUGAGAUGGUCAACAAGAUGAUUGAUCCAUGGUCUAACGACUUUACUCUGGAACAUGCCCGGGCACUAACAUUAGUAACUCUCUGCCUGAACGAGAUGAACCUGAAGUCAGCGGCUUGGGGAUGGUUGGGUAGGGCUGUCCGUGUUUCUCAAGAUCUCGGCAUGCACGUUGAAUCAGGACCAUGGCCAGUGAUUGAAGGAGAGAUGCGACGCAGGACCUGGUGGAUGAUAUACAUACUGGAUAGGACCCUGGCUACUGAGCUGAGCCGACCCGUUCUGAUCGACGACGACGACUGUGACGUGUCAUUGCCAGCCGGGGUAGACGAUCAGUUUAUCCACGAAGGAGGCAUGUUGGUACCUACGGGGGCGGAACCUUUGACUCACUCUCUACUCGCCGUUAUCCAUGUUGUACGGUCGUACUCGUCGCUUCUUACAGCGCUGACACCCCAGUCGAUGUCAUCAGUUCAUCUCUCAACCCUUGACACCCAUCUAAAGAAAUGUCUGAACACCUUUCCGCCAGCAUGCGAUCCUUCGAGCAGCGUGCCCCUUGCACCUGGCUUUCUUGCUCCGUUGGCAUACCUAUUCCACGCUCGUCUUCUCCUACAUCGGCAUCAUCUCGAUCCUGUGUACCCCCUCGAGGCUCGGAUGGCUUCUCUCGAAAGCUGUACUCACAUUGCUCUCGAGACCGUAUCUCUACUCCAUCGAUUAAACGGAAGCAUCUUGGCCGACAGUGCAACUACCUUGUUGACAACGCACAUAUUCCGCUGUGCCCUAUUUCUUCUCCUUACUGGUUACAUAGACCCUGCAGUGACGGCUGUGAGAGCACUGGCUUCUAUCGAUCGACAAAGAGAUAUCACAAUCGCUUGCGGUCGUUACCUGUCGUUCUUUGUAUCCGCCUUGGCAGCCAAGAGAGUUGAGUGUACAAACUACCUAGCAAGGAGUGCUCCGCCGCACUUUAGUUCUUCAAGGCCAUCGAUAGAUCAAGCAGCUCUUCUACAGAUGCUGUCACGCGACGAGGAUUUGAUUGUGUACGUUUCUGCUGAUCUUCAAGCAUCAACUGAUGCCUCGUGGCUUUGGGCAGGCCUAGAGCGAGAGGUUCAUUUGCACCAGUCCCCGUCGCCGUUUCAGCAUCCUACAUCGGCCACCAGAAACGAGUUGUUCAGCCCUGAGGCUCGAACGGGACUGGACGAAGUCGACAACAAAGAUUGGGGUGGAUGGGCAAGGCUCGAGACGGCCAUUCGUGGACUGGAUGGCGGGCCAGCCACGACUCCGACCCCCUCAAGUGCAACUUGGACGCUACCUCCGCCCAUCAAGAGCGAGACGCCUGGCCCAGCGGUGGAACUCCCAAGGCUAGGCGAUGUAUCGCGUUUCGGGUCCGAGAUACCCAAGUUGGGCGAGGGAAGUACAGCGGUGAGCCCUGUGGCAGGGGGCAGCAGGACACCGAGUGGAAGCGCAACCGCCCCAACUACCAGCAAGGAGCGUUUGAGCAUCGCCAAUAUUAUAUAA